AUGUCCGAAGAAGGAGGGCAUGAAAGUUUCAUGUGGGAUAACCAAACUUGGGAUUUAUCAAAUUCUGAUAAUUCAGGUGGAAGUGAAGAGAAAUUAGAGAAGAAUAAGCUACUGCCUGGUUCGAGCUCAAAUAGCCAAACAGAAACAGGGAUCAAAGAACAAGAAAAUAAGGCCAAGAAGAGAGGUCAAAUGCGCAAAAUUAAUGGUAAGGGAAGUGUAGGUGAAGUUAAAGAAGGAAAAGGAGGAGAUGAAUCAGAUCAUGAGACACAUAUAUGGACUGAGAGAGAGAGGAGAAAGAAGAUGAGGACCAUGUUCUCUAAUCUUCACGCUUUGCUUCCUCAACUUCCUCCUAAGGCUGACAAGUCCACAGUUGUUGAUGAAGCAGUGAACUACAUCAAAACCCUACAGCAAACUCUCCAAAAGCUACAAAAAGAGAAGCUAGAAAGGGUCCAAGGUGCCAUGAGUUUCGGUUAUGAGCCAUCUAUGAUUGCCCCACAAAAGCAAGCAGACUCCAGAGAGGCAUUUUUAGCUGAUCAAGGAUCUUCAAAUAACUUGGCAAUUAGCACAACAAAAUCUUUACCCUCAGUCUCAAGAUAUCCUGUUCUCUUUCAAACAUGGACUUCUUCAAAUGUGGUGUUGAAUAUUUGUGGUGAUGAAGCACAAAUUAGUGUAUGCUCUCCAAAGAAGCAGGGACUCUUCACUACUAUCUGUUAUGUGUUCGAGAAGCAUAAUGUCGAGGUGCUGUCUGCUCAUGUUUCCUCUGAUUGCAAUCGGAGCAUGUACAUGAUUCAAACUCAUGCAAGUGGAGCUUCAUCUGACCAGUUCGGAGAGACGUUUCCAGUGGAAGAAGUAUACAAACAAGUUGCAUGUGAGAUAAUGUGCUGGGUCUCUUCUUGA